AUGGGGUUUAGACGUAUUGGAAACAGGUUGGAAUUGAAUGAGUCGAAGAAGGAGGUUUCAGGGGAGGAUCUGUCUAUUUAUUCCUCUAAUUUUAUAAUUUUCUUUUUAAUAGAACCUUAUGCUAUUAAGGGUAAUAAAAUGAAGAAAUCUGAGAGAUAUGACAAAGAAAAAGAAGAAUAUGGUUCAUUUGAGAUUGAAUAUGGAAUUCCAACUCCACCUCAACACUCUCAACAAUCAAAGCCCAAACCACAAGCUGGUGUUAUAUUUGUCCUUGAGAGAGCUUCUUUGGAAGUUGGCAAAGUUGGAAAGACUUAUCAGCUUUUAAACUUUAACAAUCACUCAAACUUUUUAAGGAACAAUGGCAAAAACGAAAGUGAUUACCGACCCGAUAUUGUCCAUCAGGCCCUUUUGGCCAUCUUAGAUAGUCCACUUAACAAAGCUGGAAGGUUAAAAGGAUUGUACGUAAAAACUGAGAAAGGGAUUUUAAUUGAAGUGAAACCUCGAACUCAUUUUCCAAGAACAUCCAAACGUUUUUAUGGUCUCAUGUCGCAAUUGUUACAAAGGCUAAGUAUAAAGAAUGAAAAAACUCAUGCAAAACUUUUGCGUGUAAUCAAAAAUCCUGUAACUCAGUAUUUACCUAUCAAUUCUCAAGCUAAUCCUAUUAUGCCAGCAGAAAUACCACUGAUCGCCUACCUUAAGAUCACCGUUCGACUCCGAUCACCGCACUUGAAGAGCUUUGUUCGCCUUCGUCCUUCGUUCACUGAUGUUGCUGAGAUCGGCAACCCAGAAAAUUGCCACAACCGCCAAACAGAGGAAGAAAUCGCACACAGAGACGGGAGAGGAGAGAGGACAGAGCAGAGAGAAUGA